CCCCCUCUUCUCUCUCUCUUUCCAGGUUUCCUCCAGACCUCUUCUCUCAACCAGCCCAACGGCCAUUAACCCCUUUGUCACGUAAAACUCUCUCUCCAUCAUCACCAUGAGUCUCAACUGCUUGACCUGCCAGAGCAUGCGAAGGACCGACUCAAAGAAGGAACUCAGAGAGGGAAUAUUUGAUCAUGAGAAGCCAAAUUUGAGCCUGUGUUUGGGGAGGGUUGAGAGGAGCUGGUCGGGAAACUUGGCGCCACCACGGCCUUACGAGAAGUUCAAGAAGGCGACUCAUAGGAUUCAUAGCAGCGGACCUGUCGAGUUUGAGAGUGGUGCACCAAAAUUGGUGAGGAGCUGUGGGAUGAGAAGGGACUGGAGCUUUGAGGAUCUGAGACAGAGAGUGCAGGGAUAAUGAGGAGGAGGGGAAGAGGAGAGAGAAUUAGAAGCAUUUUAUUGCUAUAAUUUUUCUCUC